CUUGACGUUUCGAGGCUGGGAUCGGUCGGGAUAGCAAAACACUUGACAAAUACCACGAAACCACGUGACUGUGCCGGAGGUUUUUCCUGGGGAAAAAAAAGAGUGAAGAUCCGGAAAGCAACUUAAAGAUGUCGGCGGUCGUAGUCGUACAUGGUGGAGCGUGGGCCAUACCUGAUGACCUGGCCAAGGCCUCUGUGGACGGAGUAAAGGCUGCGGCAUGUGAAGGACAUUCAGUGCUGAAAAGAGGAGGAAGUGCGCUGGAUGCUGUGGAGGCUGCUGUGAGGGCUCUGGAAGAUAACACUGUGUUUAAUGCAGGGCACGGAGGAACGCUAAACACUGAAGGAGAAGUGGAGCUAGACGCUAUAAUCAUGGAUGGACGGACUCUUGGGAAUGGUGCGGUGUCUUCUGCAAAGAACGUCGCCCACCCUGUGACACUGGCACGGGCGGUGAUGGAGAAGACUUCUCACUGCAUGCUGACAAGCAGAGGAGCAAACCAGUUUGCAGAGAGCAUCGGCAUGGCGACAGUUCCCACUGAAACAAUGGUGACUGAGUACGAGAGGAAAGAAUGGGAGAAGCACAAGAACUAUGUUACAGGAGUAAUGGAGGAUUUCAACGCUCAGUGGGCUCAUGAUACUGUUGGAGCAGUUGCGGUUGACUGUUCUGGUAACGUCGCAUGUGCAACAUCAACCGGAGGGAUCAGAAAUAAAAUGGUUGGCAGAGUAGGAGAUUCUCCAAUCAUUGGUUCUGGAGGAUACGCAGACAACCUCAGUGGCGCAGUUUCAUGUACCGGUCAUGGAGAGUCUAUUCUUAAAGUCACACUGGCCAGACUCAUUAUUUCACAUAUUGAGCAAGGUAAAUCAGUGGAGGAUUCUUCACAGCUGUCUCUGCAGUACAUGGGAAACCGUGUGCAUGGUGCAGGAGGCGCUAUUGUAGUGUCUCCAUCAGGACAGUGGGCAGCCACGUUCACCACAGAGCGGAUGGCAUGGGCAGCCGUGGAUCAUGAUGUUCUGUGGUUUGGAUUAGACCCAAAUCAAAGAAGUAAAGAGCAGCUAUCCAAUUAGCAAUUUAAUGCUAUCACUCCUAUUAUUUUAAGUUCUGAGCCGUGAUGUAGGGCUCUUAAUCUCUUACAUUUACUUACAAGCUGGAAGUAUGUUCCAUUAGUAAUGUUCCAUUUUAAACCUGUAAACUCAAAGGGUUGUACUGUAGGUAUUCACAUUUAAUGUAGUUGAUGUUGACUUCAGUGUACUUUAAAAUAUGUACAUGAACUGUGUCCUUGACUGUUGUUAUUUUUUAACUCUGGACUAAACACUCAACUUCUCUUCAGUGCAGCCGUAUUUUCUGAAAGCAGUUAGUUAUUGCACUGGAUGAAAAAAACUACUUGAUAUACCAAUAAUGUUUGAUAUCUAGUUAUGAUGUGUUUUCAUUUUAAAAAAAGAUUUAAAAGCAGUUAUUAUCAAUAAAAAAAAAUAA